UUGUUUGUUUUGUUUUCUGAGCUAGGGGGCUUACUUUUUCGCAGGUGGGCCUUUAAACACAGCAAUUCUCUUGCCUCAGCCUCGAGCACGCUUCAAAUACAGGUGUUUUGAACACUACACAAUUCCACUUCAUAGAUUACAGAUCCCUCCUUUGAGAAUACUGCUUGAUGGUAAAGGCCCUGCUCACACAGACCACCACAAGACAUUAGAGUCAACACACCAUCCAGCGGCCACCAAUCGCGUCGGUUGGGAUGAGCCAGUCUGGCCCCGCCCAGGGCCGCGGAGGUCUUUAAGGUCCCGCCUACCCUUCGGAGUUUCCCAAAAGCCCGUGCGUGGCAUCGAGUUCCGACUGUUCCAAGAUGGCGACUCCCAUGCAUCGGCUCAUAGCUCGGAGACUAGCUGAAGCCAAUAAGCAACAUGUAAGGUGUCAGAAAUGCUUGGAAUUUGGACAUUGGACUUAUGAAUGCAAAGGGAAAAGAAAGUACCUACACAGGCCUUCAAGAACAGCAGAGCUAAAAAAGGCUCUAAAAGAAAAAGAAAACAGAUUAUUGCAGCAAAGCAUCGGAGAGACCAACGUAGAAAGGAAAACCAAGAAGAAGAGGUCUAAGAGUGUCACAAGUUCUAGUACCUCGAGCAGUGACAGUUCGGUCAGUGAGUCUUCAUCCGAGAGUGAGACAUCUGCCUCAUCCUCCUCAGAGGACAGUGACUCAGAUGACAGCACCUCUAGCUCCUCCUCUUCAGCUUCCUCCUCCUCCUCCUCCUCUUCGGACUCCAGCUCCUCCUCCUCCAGCAGCAGCAGCAGCAGCAGCACAGAGAGCAGUUCUGAUGAUGAGCUGCCAAAGAAGAGGAAAAAAAAAUAGAGCUCUCUGUACACAGGGCCAAUGGACCAAAAGCAUUUGUGACUCACAGAGGAACUGAAAACAUGCUCAUGCAAGCAGCUUAUAUCUGGUCAGACUUGUUAGAAUCCAGAACUUUGUAAGUAUUCAACGUUGUAUAGGAUGUUAAUAAAAUAUUAUAUAUAUAUAUGUAUGUUUAUUUUAGGAAUGAAUAUUGGGUUUUUGCUGUUUUACUUUUUUUAAAGAUGGGGGUCUCACUUUGUAGGUCUGGCUGGCCUUGAUUUCACAGAGAAAUGCCUGCCUCUGCUUCUUCAAAUGCUGGAAUUAAAGAUAUGUGGCACUGGGCUCAGCUUUUGUUGUUGACUUUUUUUUUUAUAUUUGAAAUAUAUCUGUAGCAUAUAAUCAAAGCUGAAAACCAGAAAAUUUGUUUCAGAGAUAAAGGUCAUUUUUUUUUCUGCCUAUGAAAUGAAUGCUUUAUGUGGGUCUAUGUUAAGGUGUGUUUGGGACAGGCUCUGAAGAUUCUGCAGCAGAAUAUCAGGAAGUUUCUCUUGCUCUUUUGGCUGUGUUUAUUAUGUGAGAUUUUACAUAUUGUUACUGUAAGUGUAGCUCUCUGUGCUCUAUUUUUAUGUUUGUAUUCAGGAAAUUCUGAUUUUCCUGAAUACAUAAAUUCAAGGAAUCUAAUACAGUACAUCA